AUGCGGUCAACCGCCUGUCUCUUGACCUUGUUGGUCUCGACUGUGUUUGGGCAGUCUUUUGUUCCUUCCAGCACCUGGAACUACACAUACCCAUGGCCAGUCAAGUACCACAAUCUCACGUCGCAACGGCUGAAUCUGUCAAUGGCGUACAUGGAUGUCGCUCCGACUAGCUAUGCAACAAAUAAAACCAUACUUCUACUCCAUGGCAAGAACUUUUGCGGCGCAACAUGGGAAGACACGGCGCGCCGCCUUUCCACACAAGGCUAUCGGGUCAUCGUCCCUGACCAAAUUGGGUUCUGCAAAUCCUCGAAACCUCCGUCAUACCAGUUCACCCUACAGCAGCUGGCAUUCAACACAAACUCCUUACUGCAGUCGCUUAGUAUCACAAAAGCGUAUGUUCUUGGACAUUCCAUGGGAGGCAUGCUGGCCACUCGUUUUGCGCUGAUGUAUCCAAACGUUACAUCGCAUCUAAUCCUGACCAAUCCUAUCGGAUUGGAAGACUGGAAAGCACUUGGUGUGCCAUGGCGACCGAUCGAUCUUCUGUACCAGGACGAGCUAAAAACGAACUACACGUCUAUCCGCAACUACCAGCAAGCCACCUACUACGUCAAUACUUGGAAACCCGAGUAUGACGUCUGGGUCAAUAUGCUAGUAUCUCUGUAUCGAUUGCCUGGUGAAAGCACAACUUUUGCGUACAACAUGGCGCUUACAACUGAUGCGGUGCUAACGCAACCGAUUGCGUAUGAGUUUGGGCUGGUGAAGGCGAAGUCACUAUUGUUGAUUGGAACGAAAGACAACACUGCCAUUGGCAAAGCAUGGAGUCCGCCAGAUGUGCAAGCGAAGUUGGGCAAUUACUCAGUUCUGGGUAAGGAGACGGCUGCGAAAAUCCCUGGCGCUGAAUUGGUGGAGUUUGCAGAUUUGGGACAUAGCCCACAAGUCCAGGAUAGUGAAAGAUAUCACCAGGCGUUGUUUGAGUGGCUGCGCAGAGUGCAAUAG